ACACUCCAGUACAGUAGAUGGCGGUGUAUGCGAUCCGCAAACCCAAUCUCAAAGAAGAAGAAGAAACUAGCAGCGACACAGAACUACACGGGAAACAUUGUAGCUAGCAUUUUUAAACCUAAUGAUUAGCCCACUAGUAGCAUAUUAACGUUACUUUGUAACAAAGUUCCAAUCUUUUGCAGGAGCACGACAGAGCUGCGUUAAGAUUAAUUAAACAUUUGAAAAUGUUGAGCAGUGUUUCUCUACGGGCGCAGAUCGCUUCCAUCAUAGAGGUACUUUCUAAAGCUGCGGUUGCAGAAAUUAGCAAAGUAGUCGACGAUGGUAUAGUUGUGUUACGUGUGGAAAUGUGUCAACGGGAAAAUGAAAUCAACGUCCUGAAAAAUAAUGUACAACAACUUGACAGCGAGCUUCGAAGAGCUCGAACUCGUGGGAUUCAGGCUCGAAGACGCAUUCAUCAUGGUCGAUCAGUCGCUGCUGAGAAUCUUGGGAGAGGAGGGCCAGGUAAAAGCGGUACUACUUGUGUAGGGAGGACCUCGCUUGAGAAACUGCAGUCUGGGGAAGGUGGUAAUGAAAGGGAUGAAGAAGACAUUCGACGUGCAGAUGAGACUCGGGUGAAGACUGAGCCAGGAGUGGAGCUGGAACAAGCAAAGCAAAGUACAGGGAGAAAGGACAAAGGUCGUCUGGAUGCUGAACUGUCAAUGUAUGACAGAGACAGCCAGCAGUGGAUGUCCAGUUCACAAGCAGACAAUGAUAUGGAGAUGAGCCAUUCAGAAUAUUUGAAUAGUUCAGGGCAAAACUCCCAGUGUCUCCCUGAUCACUCUUCUGUACCUCCUGGAAAUUCCGGAAAGGCGGAAGCGUCAUGCAGCAGUGUUUCGUUUCCAGGUAAACCAUAUUUUGAUGUAAGAGAGGAUAUGAUUUCACAGCUCAGACAGCCACAACAUUAUCGGCAGUCAGACAUACUCAAGAGAACAAGUGACGGCACAGUACAGUCAAACCCAGACCCUAGAAGUGUAUUGGGCUUUGGCUCAAAUUAUAAUACUGCAAGGAGAGCGAGGACCAAGAGAUUUUGCCAGGUUAAGAAACACUUCAUUUGCACACUGUGUGGAAAGAGUUUUGAACGUUACGGCCAUCUUGAAAGACAUCUGCGAAUUCAUACGGGUGAGAAACCAUACAGCUGUGACCUAUGUGGAAGAUGUUUCAACCAGAAGAGUAGCCUCAAAGGGCAUCUGAAGACUCACAGAGUGUCGAUAGACGGAGAAGCUAACAACGAGGAGAUGCCUCCCCUGGAUAGAAGUCAGUCUGAGGAAGAGCAAUGCAACAAAAAUAAUGAAGUGGUCCAAACUCCUGAGAUACCUGUGAAGUCGGAGCCAGAGGAGCAGAAGGAUGCAUCCCAGACACUGAAUCAUAAAGGAGAAGAACAGACUGCAGGAAACGCAGAAGAACUGGCUGCUAACUUGUCGUUGUGUGAGAGAGGGAGCCAGUCGUGGAUGUCCGGUUCACAAGCAGACCAUGAUAUUGAGACAAGCAAUUCAGAAUAUUUCAGCAGUUCUGGUCACAAGUCACAGUGUCUCCCUGACCACUCAGCUUUAAAUCAUGUCCCAGGAAGGGUGGAAGCAUCAUGCAGCAGUGCUUCAUUUCCAGGAAAACCAUAUGUUGAUGUCAGAGAAGAUAUGAUUUUGCAGCUCAGACAGCAAAAUUAUGGACAUUCAGACACACUCUUGAUAGCAAGUGACGGCACAGUACAGUCAGACUCACAGGGCAUGGAAGGGGUUACACUGAACCAUAGCCCUAUCUUCUCUAGUUUUCCAAGGAAAGUGAGGACCAUCCAAGGAGUCACCAAGGACAAGAAGUGCUUCAUCUGUUCAUUCUGUGGGAAGGUCUUUGAGCGGGUUGGUCAUCUGGAAAGGCACCAGCGAAUUCAUACGGGUGAGAAACCGUACAGAUGUGAAAUAUGCGGAAGGUGUUUCAACCAGAAGAGCAGCCUCAAAGGACAUCUGAAGACUCACAGAGAUGGUGUUGAAAUGCUAACGGAACAACCUCAACUUGAUAAGAAGCCUGAUGUCCAUCCUAGACCCUCAGAGAACCCAGAGGAACAGAGGGCUCAGGCCUCACUUGCUGAUGAACAGCCUAGCUCUGGGGACAGUGAAGAUGAGGAGGGGGGAAGGGGGCAGGGGUUAGUAGUGAAAGCGGAGCGAGAGAAGGAGUUUAAAGCCCAGACAAUCAAUCUGUCUGGACAUCAACACCAACAAAGCACAGAGCGACCAGGUUAUCAGGAUGACCCAGAGUAUGUCAUGGAUGAGAGGGAGAGUCAGCUGUGUAGAUCUUUUACAGCAGAGCGGCACAAUGAUAACGAGUCUGGAUCUGUACAUCCAGGUUGCUCCUUCGAUGGUAUAAAGCAGCAGAAGUCCCACCCAGAUUCGCCCAGUGUCCAAUACAAUCACCGUCUCUUUGAUGGAAUGCACCACCACCACGGGUUCUAUUCGUCAGCUUCUAGAGAGGUGGAACUUGAACACUUGUCUUUUCAGGAUGAGAAAAACAAGUUGGAAAUGAUUGAGCAAGAGCAGUAUGCAGGAAUGGCUCUACAUGCAAGGAACCGAGAGGAUGGCAAUGGGACAAUACUACCCAGGUUUCAGGACCGGGUACCACUACCUGUGGUGAAGGAAACGGCAAUGAGAGAGUACAUCACAGAACCAAACAGUAAAGAAGGCAUUUUAUUUGCCCUUGGUAUAGACGGUUUUGACAGCACAGAGGGCAGCAGUGCCACCACAGACAACACAAGAAAUAGAUGUUUCAUAUGCUCCAUUUGUGGAAAGAGUUUUGAUCGCCAUAGUCAUUUUGAAAGACACCAGCGCACUCAUACUGGUGAGAAACCCUACUGCUGUGAGAUAUGUGGUAAGAGUUUCACUCAGAAGAGCAGCCUGAAAGCUCAUCAGAGACUUCAUACAGGGUAGUUAACCAAAGGCCAGAUGGUCUUAAUCCAAAUUCAAUCAAUACUAGUGUUGUAAGAUGAGAAUUGGACAUAUGGCUGCUAUUGGUAAUAACUCGGUGUUGCAACAAUUUGGAAGUCCAACUAUAUUGUGUUGAUAAGACUUAAUGUUUGUUUUAUAUGGUUGUUUCCACUACACUUGAUUAAAUGGAAUAUUUGAGUAGUGCUUAGUUUGUCAUCAGGUAUCUCCAAUAAUGUGUAAAAAAGGUUAAAGAAAAACUUUGAAUAAUGAUUUUUUUUUCUCUUUCUACAUCAAACAUAUGGAUAAUUUAUCCAAUGAAUAGGGUUACGUGACCUUGAUGGUAAGUUUCUCUACUACUCAAUGAAUGAGUUGUUCAAAUUGAGUUUUCUUUACUCAAGCUACCAAAAACAGGAAAAUCAGCCUAGUUUGAGUAAAAUGUGGUUAUUUUUCUGUUGUAUAUAUUUUUUCAUGUAAAUUGUGAAUGUCUCAAUCUUGUGGGUUCACUGUUUUACUUGUCAGUAAAAAUAAAAUGUUUUAAGAGGA